CAACCGCCAUUGCAUAGGUGUUCUGAAGUCUGCUUAUCAAGACUAGUCUUAAUUUAGGAGCAUCUGGCCAUCUACAGACUCCAGACUGAUCCGGCAACUUCAGUCUUACGGACACCACGUUCGGCAGGGAAGAUUACAAGUUUAACUUUAAUAUCAUGAAGAGAGCGCACCUUCACCCCUCCUGUCUGCCAGGACAAUAUAUGUCACAAGCAGCAUGAUGAUGAUCACUGUCACUCCAGCGCCUCCUCACAGUUUGUUUACUACUGUUGAAGCGGACACCGUUGGCACCAUGUUGAAACCUUUUACCUUGCAAGUUGCAAUCUGCGUGGCCUCCAUCCUGCCUAUAUUUGGCGGCAGUUUCUUGGAGAAUAGUCUGACCAGUGUGCUCCAGAGUGAGCUGAAGAAGUUCCACCAAUUCAUCAUUCCUAUCGUCACCGGAGUUCACAUCAACACCCCCGUCACCAGUGUUAUAGUGAGCGCCUGGAACACCUCUGUGCUAGGCUAUGACGACGCCUACAUUACCCACUUCCUCCCUCCUAUCCCGCUCAUCUCCAAUGUUGUGGAACUGGAACUGGUGAUAGAGAGUCUGUACUUGUCCAGCGACGCCUAUAAUCUCUACGGCACCCACAAGGGAAAGAAAAUCGUGGCUCGCGGAGUGGGAGAGUACGUGUACAACUUCUUCCACUUGUAA